CCAUCUUUCUUUCGUUGCCGCGUGAGGAGAGCAGCCGCCGCCGCCGCCGCCGCCAUGGGCCACCAGCAGCUCUACUGGAGCCACCCCAGGAAGUUCGGGCAGGGCUCGCGCUCCUGCCGCGUGUGCUCCAACCGGCACGGCCUGAUCCGCAAGUACGGGCUCAACAUGUGCCGGCAGUGCUUCCGCCAGUACGCCAAGGACAUCGGCUUCAUCAAGCUGGACUGAAGGCUGUGGACGAGAAGAUGCCGUUUCGCCGACCCGGCCGUCGGCGCCACACCGCGACCCACCAAGACUUCGCUGCUUUGUUUUCUACGUCAAAUAAAGAGGCCUGACCACGGCCCAAUCUUU